AUGCUCGCCACUAUGAGACCGACGCACGCCUAUACGCACGCCGCACCGGUCCAUUCACGGCCCGACUCGCGCGCGUCCUCCCACAGCUCCUCGCCUGCCGCCACCCCCAGCCGCACCAGGGCUGACAAGGCCAGGACCAGACCCGCCAACAACGCCGCCUCCUCGACGGCGAUGGCCUCUGGCAGGAAGUCGUCGAACCAGCGGAAAUCCGCCCAGGCCAAGUCGCAGCAGCAGUCGCAGCAACAGCGGCAGUCGACAUCGACGACCCCCGACGCCAGCGUCGAUGACUUUUCCAAGAUUUCGUCCCAAGACAUGGCCGCCGCCCAGCCAGCCUCCCAGGUUCCCGGGCUGCUCUCCCUCAGCAAACCCCUCUCCGAGCUUCAGGAUGACUCUAGCGCCGGCUUUUCGCCCGCCAAAGGCAAGAAGGCCCGCUCCGACGCCGCCAACAAGCGCGCCGACGGCGGACAGCAGCGCAACCGGCAACAGAGGUCCGCAUCGCCCCCGACCGACGCGGCAGCGACCACCACGGCUAAGAAUGCCCACUCGGGCGGCGCCAAGGGCGCCUCGCGCAGCGCUCGCCGCAACAACAGGGGCGGGGCCGACCGAGCCGACGCAUCCGUCGACCUGCUGUCGAAGUCGGCGCCCUCGGCCUCACUGGCCCACGCCAAAUCCGCACAGAAGGGCGCCAAGGCUGUCGAGGCUGCCGUCGCGACGGUCGCCGAGCCGAGCAGCGGUCUCACGUGGCAGCAGGAGAUGCUCGGCUUUGGCAGCGGUACGCUGGGGUCCAAGGCCUCGGCCGAUCUGCGCAAGACGGGCAGCUCGGGCGGCGGCAGCAACAAGCGCCACGUCACCUCUUCCAUUGGCCCUAAGCACGACGGAGUCCUGGCACAGCCCCAGCAGAUCCAGAUCAGCGACUCUUCCGCCUUGACCUGGCAGCAGGAGCAGAAAGUUGGGACCGGCAUAGGCGAGUGGCCGCGGCGACCGAGUGGGUGCUGGCCACUCUGCUGCUGCUGCUGCGCUGGCGGUGGCGGCGCCAAGAGGCGCAACGGCCCACAGUACGAUGUCUUUGCCGACGCCCGCGACGCCGAGACGUUCGGCGGCGGCAGCGGCUGUGUCCUCGUCGAGGGCAAGACACGUCGCCGUGCGCGCGCAGGCAGCGUCGGCUCAGGCCCCUCCGCCGCAGUCGCCGGCAAGGCCGCCAACGCUGCCAAGGCAUCGGCCCGUGGCAAGCAGGCCGGCGGCGGCAGCGGCGGUGACGUGCCUCUGCACAUCGACGACCUGUUCAACAGCUCGUCCGACCAUGCCACGUCCGGCAAGAACCACCGCCGCGGGCAGUCGGCCGCUGUCUCGUUUGCUUCGGUCGAGAAUGGCCUUCAGCAGCAGCCCUCGACGCCCGCCAAGAAGCCGCACCACCACCAGCCGCAGCAGCAGCAGCAGAGUGGCCAGCACCCAUCGGUCGCCGCGGCCAUCGCCUAUGCCGGUCCCAAUUUCCACAACUCGCCUUCGCCGGCCAGCCUGCCGGCUCCCAAGUUUUCGACGCGUAUGAACAAGGUCGACAACGGCUCUGGCUCGAUUCCUCCGUCGUCGCUGGGCGCCGGCUCCGGCUCCGGCUCCGGCUCGUCCAGCAGCGGCUCUGGCAGCGAGGAUGACGAGUACGAGGCCAGGCGCACCAUUCGCAGCACCACCGCGCCUGCCGAGAUCCACCUGGAGCCCCCUAGCCCUCCGGCCCCUGCCGCUGUCGCUGUGGCUGCCAAGGAGGUGCCUGCCGCACACGUCGAGGCCAAGAAGACCAUCGAGCCCGGCGCCACGGUCGAGAGCCUGCUCGUCCGCAUGAUGGGCGGCGUCAAGUUCUCUGUUUGA